AUGCCCGUUCCGUCUAAGCUGCUGCCGCCCAAUCGCUCCGUCAAGCAGAUCCUCUCCAGCCUCACCUCUCUCUACCUCCAAAACCGCACACGAAUCUCACGCGCCGUAUACCUUGCUCUCUUCGCAGCACUUGCGAAGCGAAUCCAUAAUGCUAUCUCCGAGCAAAAGGCCGCCUCCCAGCAGAUCGAACAGCGGAGACGUCCCGGCACCAAUAGUCUAGGCGAUGACGAACAACCACGCAAGAAACGGGUGGAGAUCAACCGCGAGUUCUUUAAAAGCUUACUCCGGCUCUUGAAGAUUGUGAUUCCCGGAUGGCGCAGUAAGGAAUUGCGACUGUUGGUGAGCCACAGUGUCUUCCUCGUGCUCCGGACACUUCUCAGCUUGUAUGUCGCGGAGCUUGAUGGCAGGCUCGUGAGCAACCUCGUGCGGGGCAAAGGGAAGGAUUUCUUGCUUGGCCUUUUCUGGUGGAUGAUUGUAGCUGUUCCGGCAACAUUUACAAACUCUAUGCUUUCCUACCACCAAUGUAAACUCGCCCUAAGCUACCGAAAACGCUUAACCGACUACAUUCAUGAGAAAUACCUGUCAAAUAUGACAUUCUAUGCUAUCUCCGCCUUAGACGAUCGGAUCAAGAAUCCCGACCAACUGGUCACUGUAGACGUGUCUCGCUUCUCGGACAGUCUGGCAGAAUUAUACUCCAACCUGGCGAAACCAAUCCUGGACAUGGCUAUCUAUAACUACUCCCUCUCAAAGAAUGUCGGAGGCGAAGGCCUAUUUAUCAUGAGUUUGCUGGUUCAGCUCUCGGCAAACGUGAUGCGCAUGUUGACACCACCGUUCGGAAAGUAUGUCGCCGAUGAAGCCCGACUUGAAGGAGAAUUCCGUUUCCUUCAUUCUAGGCUUAUCGACUACAGCGAAGAGGUCGCUCUGUAUCAUGGUCACGAAGCUGAGAAGGAUACCCUCGAUAAGGGCUACUUUACCCUGAUCAAACACGUGAAUCGUAUUUUGCGACGACGCUUGUAUCACGGUUUCAUGGAGGAUUUCGUGAUUAAAUACUUCUGGGGUGCGCUGGGCUUGAUUCUCUGCAGUGUGCCAGUCUUCUUUAAGAUCCCAGGACAGCUCGCACAUACCAUGGGGGACCGAACUGAAAACUUCGUGACCAAUCGACGCAUGUUGCUGUCUUCAUCUGACGCCUUCGGUCGUCUUAUGUUCUCUUACAAGGAGAUUUCUGAGUUGGCCGGCUACACUUCGCGGGUCUCAUCCCUGCUAGAAGUCAUGGAUGAUUUGGUUGCGGGCCGAUUUGAGAAGAAAUUGGUAUCCUCCGCAUCAACCGAGGGCAACGCGGCAGUCCUAUCUGGCCGUGGACAGGUUAUGGAGAGCGAUUCCAUCGAAUUCACAGAUGUACCAAUUGUGUCGCCCAACGGUGACGUUCUAGUCCGAAAGCUCUCUUUCACAGUCCACCCGGGCGACCACCUCUUAAUCGUUGGUCCCAAUGGCUGCGGAAAAUCUUCCCUAUUCCGCAUUCUCGGUGGUCUUUGGCCUGUCUACGGAGGCUCAGUAAAGAAGCCCCCCUUCCAAGAUAUUUUCUACAUUCCCCAGCGCCCGUACCUAUCCCGUGGAACCCUCAGACAACAGGUCAUCUACCCAGAUGGCGUACGUGAGAUGCGUGCAAAGGGUGUUACCGAUGCAGAUCUGUAUGAAGUCCUGUCUGUGGUCGAAAUUGCAUCUGUCGUUGAUCGCCCCAAUGGCUGGGACGCGGAGGAAGAAUGGCGCGAUGUAUUAUCAGGUGGUCUGCAGCAGCGCAUUGCGAUGGCCAGACUAUUCUACCAUCGUCCCAAGUUUGCCAUUCUAGAUGAAUGUACUUCCUCCGUCACCCUAGAGAUUGAGAAGGUCAUGUAUGAGACGGCCAAGAAGCUAGGAAUCACUCUCAUGACCGUCUCACACCGUCGCAGUUUGUGGAAAUAUCACAAGAAGAUUCUGCAGUUUGAUGGCCAAGGUGGUCAUAUCUUCACCGGGCUCGAUUGGGAGCGUCGGUUGAAAUUGGAAGAUGAGAAGGAGGAUCUUGAUUUGCAAUUGCGAGCUGUGCCAGAGUUACAGCGACGUGUAGAAGAAUUGACAGCAAACUAG